ACUGUGGCCAUAUUAUCUCUGGAUUUGCUUUUUUGCCUUUUGCUGCUUUAAGAAAUUGUGUGUGUUGGGUGGCCCUUUCUACCUCAUAGCACAGUGACAGUGGAAGAAGGACCCAAACCUUUAAUCUUAUGUUGCAGUGGAUUUAGCAGAAAGCAAGUGCAGCAGCCUGGAAAUUACCAUGGAAAAAAUCCUGAAAACAGAAUUGAAAACAUCAGUCCUGAAGGCGUUUAGAAGCUCUGGAGGAGGAUACAUUAGCCAAAGCCAAGCUUAUGAAACAGACAGUGGACGAGUGUUUGUUAAAAUCAACCACAAACCACAGGCUAGAGAAAUGUUUGAAGGGGAAAUGGCAAGUUUGGAAGCUAUUCAGAAAACCAAUAUUCUGAGAGUGCCUCAGCCUAUUAAAGUAAUUGACCUACCUGGAGGAGGGGCAAUGUUUGUCAUGGAGUACCUAAAGAUGAAGCACCUCAACAAAUAUUCUUCAAAGCUUGGAGAGCAGAUAGCAGAUCUUCACAUUUAUAACUGGAAACUUGGGGAAAGAUUGAGAAAGGAAAGAAACACAAUUGGUCGCUCUGAGUCUCAGUACGUGGAUAAGUUUGGAUUCCAUACAGCCACUUGGUGUGGUUUUAUACCACAGGUGAAUGAGUGGCAGAGUGAUUGGCCUUCCUUCUUUGUUCGUCACCGACUCCAAGCUCAAUUGGAUUUGAUUGAGAAAGAUUAUGGAGACAGAGAAGCCAGGGAGCUUUGGUCCCAGCUAAAGCUAAAGAUUCCUGACAUGUUUCGUGACAUAGAAAUUGUUCCUGCUCUCCUGCACGGCGACCUGUGGGCAGGAAAUGUGGCUGAGGACGACUCUGGGCCUAUUAUCUUUGACCCUGCUUCCUUCUAUGGCCAUUCAGAAUUUGAACUGGCCAUUGCUGGAAUGUUUGGUGGCUUUAGCUGCUGUUUUUUCUCUGCCUAUCACAGUAAAAUACCCAAAGCUCCAGGAUUUGAGAAACGAAAUAAAUUGUAUCAGCUUUUUAAUUAUAUAAACCACUGGAACCAUUUUGGGACAGGGUACAGGGGACCUACCCUAAAUGUCAUGAGAAAACUUCUGAAGUAACCAGCCAGAUUUGAGAAGUUCUAGCAUAGUCCCUUAGUAAUGAACAACCCCUGCUUAUCAGGAGUAACACAAAGUAGGAAUUGAUGGUCAAACACUGACAAGCACAAGGCUUGCUACACUUUUCAGCCUCACUAAAUGUUAAGAGUGAUUGUGUAGUUUUUAACUUAUACACAAGUUCACUGGAACUGAUUCAUACCCCGCUGAAGGACAAGACUGCAUUGUUUGAGAAGGCUCCACUAAGUGAAGUGUAUGACAGUCAGUCUAACCUUGCUGUCCCUGAAGAGCCUCACUUCAUAGUUGCUUCAUUUCCACAGUUGUUUGCAUCUUGCCUCUUCUGCUGACGCUCUAUCGGCAGCUCAUUACUGAGAGCCACUCUUGUGGGAUGCUGCUGCUGGAAGUAAUAAUCAGUUCCUUCCUUCUCCCCUUUUUUGUUCUAUUUUGGUGUUCAAUUUCUGUCUCCAGCCCCUUUCCCACUUGUAUUUGUCAUCUUUCCUUUACCGUGUUAACUGUCCUGAUCCAAAACUUCAACCUGAUUCAAUGAAUCUGAAAAUGCAAACAUCUAAAGAGCAGGCAAGGCCCUUUGGACUGCACUUGGCAAGCACAUAUCAUUACUAAUAUCUCCUAAUAUUUAUUUUAAUUUAAUGUAAUUUACUUCCAUGCUUUUGUGGGGUUUUUUCCUUGCUAUGAAGAAUUCAGUUACAGAGGUUAUUUUGUAAAAAAGGAUGUCUCUGUAGCUCCAUUAACUGUAUGCUCAGAAAGUGGGUUGUCCCCACACAGCUUUGAUGAUAAUGUAUCAUAGUUUUAGUGUGAUAUUUGUGUGUUGUAGUGUGACGGUAACAUACCUAAAUACCUUUGUAUAAAGAUAGUAAAAAGUGAGAGGGAAGUUUUGUUUUGAUGACAAGAAAGCUGCUGCUGCUGCUGUGUUGGUUGAUGCUUGAUGUACUGCCAAUUUUAGAAAACAAUGCACAGUAGGCAAAGCUGGUCUGUUCUGCCACUGCUGGAUUGUUGAAGUGUCAAGUGAGAUGGAUUUAUAAUGGUUUUUAAUAUUUCAAAGUGCUUUAUUUUUACAGAAAACAUAGGCAAUGAGAAUUUGGUGAGAAAACUGUGCCACAAAGGUACUGGCAUACAGUGUGAGCUAGAGUGUAUUGGCAAAUCCAUGAUUUUUUUAAUGGAAGAAAGUAAUUAGAAGUGCAGUCCAACAAGUGUUUGUGUGAAUCAGAAGAUUUGAAUGACUGAACUUACAUCUUUAGGCUUCAGACAUGACUAACACCUAAAAUAUUAUGUUCAAAAAUGCUCAGAUACGUUUAGACCUUUUUCAGCUUUACCAGGCUGCAUAAGUAUUUUGUAAAGUUUAAAGUUAGAUGUUGUAAUUGAGAUGAAUUUUUAACGUGUGUUUCAUUCUCUGUGAGUAUCAUACAAAGAGUUAAAAUGAUUACUUCCUUUGAAUUUGGGUGACAAUUAGGAGCAGUUGUCAUGGUGUGGUUAUAACACUUAAUACAAAUGUAACAGUGGAAUAAUAGAAUACAGUUGAAACUGUAGCUGGUAUCUAGAAGAUGCAGGUCUGAUAAAACAGCAAAGCACAUGUGUGCUAACAUUGAUUCAUGUUAACAGCAGUGUGUGUAUUACACUGGAAACUACAUGUGACCUUAAGCUCUUCCUC